AUGGCCGACAGAAUAUUCCGCAUCUUCAACCCGAGAGAACCAAAGGGUGAUCCCAUUGAGAAAAGACGCGCCCAGCUACGACGUGCCCAACAAUCGUAUCGGGAUCGGAAAGACAAGUACACCAAGGCUCUUGAGGCUGAACUAGCACGGUCUCGGAAGAGUGAAGCGGGCUUGACAUCCGAGCUUGAGCGGCUUCGUGGGAAACUCCAGAUACUGACCAAUCUCUUAUCUCAAAAUGGCAUUUCACUUCCUUUAGAGUUUAGUAACGAGGACAUAUAUCAUGGUGAUACCUCGCACAGUGCUGCAUCCCAGCUCACAACGCGUGGACAACCGCGAAAGGCUGAUGGACGCCCAUCAAAUACACAGUCAGCAUUUACAGGGACGAUGACGACAAACCAAGGCAGUAUUCUAAAUAGCGAAAAUCGUAACCUACGACAGUACGGUUCAAGUUACUUUACUCGAGAUAAUGAGCCACAAGUUCCACGACCGAGGACCGCGACUGCAACAACUCUAGCUGCACCAAGAGAAUCGACUCGCCUUUCUGAACUUGAUGCCACUAUGGUCGGAAUGGAGUUUGUCCUCACGCUAGAAAGGCCUUGUCUAAAUCAUAUACACGGAAAUCCCAAAAAGCCCUUAGAGCCGCACGGCCAUGCUUUGACCACUACAGUUCAGCUACAGGCUUCCUUGUCUCUUCCUCCUAUCGAUCCAAAGAAUCCUGUACCGCCGUCAUACCACAAUGCUCCGGCAGCUGUGCUCGAUCGCUUAUUGAACCUUGCUCCAAGUGUAUCAGCAGACGGCGACGUGACACCGAUACAAGCAUGGCAUUACAUUCGUCGCCAACCACAUUUUGGAGGCUUCGAUAUGCAAAGCCUCAACAAGUUGGCAGAGAGGCUACGAGAGGCAGCGAAAUGUCACGGAUUCGGUGCUGCGGUUCAGACGGGCGUCUUUGAAUCAGCUGUACGGGAAAUCCUCCACCCCGUGGCAGUGUUAGUAGGCUGA